CCCCUGCACACCUGUCCCUCCGCUCGACCCACGCAUGGUCGUCCUUUCGACUCCAUAUACGCCUGCCACCCAAGACCCCCACCCUCGACCCCUCGACCCCUUCCACUGUCGACCUUAUCGAUCCUCCUGUCCUUGCACAUUCAUUCCUUCCCCUCCUCACAUAUAUUUCACAUUUUCAGUCAUUCUGCCCGCCCUCUCUCGUUCUGCGUUAUUAUAGAGACCCCAUGCGCACUCGACCUCUCGCCUAUUUGCCUGCUCGAAGUGCUCUGAUGCUACGCCCUCGUUUUGUCGUCCCCGCCGGCUCCCCUCUUGCUCCCCAGAUCAAUUCCCACGCUCAUGCCAAAGGAAUUGCGAUAUCCGCAGGGAAGCGAGCGCAUUCCAGUCCGUGUGCGCUGCGCCGCACUCUGCCUCAAGCGGAAGCUGCAAAGACGCGGUGCGCAUCGCGUUCCUAGAAGGUAUGCGCGCGCACCACCCUCUCCCCCACACCCACCCUGCACUUCUUCGUGCGGUCCUGCAAGCUCAGCUGUACAGCGUCAUAUAGACUCAUCUUCCAGCCCCUCCAUCUCUCCCCACGCCUCUACCCCUCCCACUGCCCUUGCCUGUACGCGUCGGUGAUGCUUGGCAUCAAACAAUCCACAGCGGACGAGUUGCGCAAGAUACACGGCUCGCGCACGCCUCGAUGUUGAGGGUUCCGCAGUGGACAAGUCUAGCAAAGUGCAAAAACGGCCGCAGACUACACACCUGCCCUUAGCACGUUCUGCAACAUCACAAAUGACUCCGAGCAUGCAUAGGGAAAACAGAACGCAACACACCUUGUCUAUCAGGAACGUCACCGCACUGCGACGCAGCGUCAAGUGGGAGCAGCUAGGCUGGCCUGAGGUAGAUUGGUCGCUGAAGAAGUGAGGGAUCGUUAUUGUUUGCACACACCCUGACACACACGCCAUGAGAGGAUCUGACAUACUCUCCCACUCGUACUAUCAGCAACUGAUUUCACAUGCUUUGUGUGCACAUAUACGCGCUCCCACUCUUAGCUAUUUUUCAAGUACCCCUUCUACCUGUAGUUAGAUUUUUUUUCUCUCUCUCUGUAUGUAUAUCACGACCCUGCAAACCAUCUCUUCCUCUCCUAAAAAAGAGGCUAUGUC